AUGAAGUCCAGUAUGCGUCAGUGGCGGAGGCUGCUGUUGGUGGGCAUGUUGACGUGGGCCCUCCUCUUCCUGGCUCUGCUCUCCUACUUCCUGGACACCCACGUGUACAACGAGCCACAUACCUCCGCCAGCUCCUCACUCUCCCAGCACCCCGACACACGGCGCCUGGCAUCCAUCCAAGGCACCCCCCACCAGCAGCACCGCUCCAUCAUAGGCUCCCGGCCCGAACCCACCUACACCACCUUUACCAUCCCCUACCCCGACUCCGACCCUAACCAUUACCCAGACUCAGAGCCUAGCUCCACCUCCACCACCCCAGAGCCUGGCCUGGAGCUGAGCUACGGGACCAGCCAGGAGAGGGAGGGGGGCAGCCACCAGCAGCAGGACUACCUGGACCCCCAGACCCUGGCUGCUUGGUCCUCCUUCAGCACGGAGAACGUGGGUUCCCACUCCGACCAGACGGUGACUCGCAGCCGUGAGAGAACUGCCUGGACCGCCUCCGACCGGGGGCCCAACCGCACCACGCGCCGGUCCUCACGUGAGGACGAAGAGGAGGAGGAGGGGGUAGAGACGAACAACAGCCACAAGAGGAGGACCAUGGUGGGGGGGCAUGGGGGGGAGAGGCGAGGAAAAGAAGAGGAUGAUUUAGAGGAGGACUACUUCUCCAAGUCUUCCCCGCUGCUGCAGCGACUCUGGCGGGGCAAAGUGUCCUCUGGGAUGCUGUCCCCGCAACUGCAGCUUUCCUUGCGGAACUACCUGAGCGCCAACAAGCACCACGUGGCCUAUAAAGGAGGCCGGCGGACUGCCCAGAGCCCCAGGGAACUGCUGUGUGAGCUGAAGGACCAGGCCCGGCUGAGGACGCUGGACGGGUCCGAGCAGCCCUUCUCUUCGCUGGGCUGGGCCCGCCUGGUACCGCGCCUGGCCCUGGAGAAGCUCUACAGACAGGGGGGCCAGAGGGGCUUCAGGAGCUGUGCUGUGGUGUCCUCUGCUGGGGCUAUUCUGCACUCAGGCCUAGGGAAGGAGAUCGGUGAGUGGAGGGUAGAGGGGGAGGGAGGGGAGGGAAGGAGAUCGAAGACAGGGGGAUGUAGGAAUGCAGGUUAAAUGGGAUGAAGGGAUUAAAGGAGAACUGGGAAACUUGAAGCUUUUAUCAGUACAGUAGAUUAAAAAACAACUUUGUUUUCCCUUUUCCCUAAUACCCUAAUGAAUAAUACCCUAUGUGUUGUGACACUUUUGUGACUGUGUUAUGACUGUGUGUCUCAGAGUGUGAAAUACAGCAUUGAUCCUGAUCAAUUUUCUGUGACAACCCUGCCUCUGUGGCAGUCUGUCUGUGUGAGGGGAGAAUGAUGGCUCUUUACGCCGUGACAUCCACAGCAUUGAUUGGAAAUGCUAUGGACUUCCCCAUUCGCCUCUAGCAUAGUGUUAGUUUAUUGUAGCAGAGAGACGUUUUGGCUUGGGCUUUAUACUGUCUCUCACACACUGAGUAGCAGACAUCGGUCACCCUGUAGUAACAAUCUCUGUGAUUGGCUGAAAGGGCUUUGGCAUAAGUAAUUCAAAGCCAAUCAGAUCUCCAGAAGGGUCUUGAUGAGUUAGUUUGGAAAUCCUCUAUAUACUUUUAGAAUACUUUGGCCAACUGCAUUGUGUUACCUGUGUGUGUUUGUGUGUUCUGUUCUCUGUGUUUGAGGCUCUAUGGUGCAUGGGGAGAGUGUGAACUCAGGGACAGAUGGCUCACUUUGGAGAAAAAAAGGAACCCUUCUGGUAACGAAUCAAGUUAGUUCACAUCACCCAUGUAGAUUAGUGAUGCAAAUUUAGGUAAAUUUUGCUGCCGACUAACUGACCCUCAUGAACCAGUAAACAAACGUUUUUUUUUUUUUCUCACAAAGUACAAUGACGUGACCAACAGAAAAUACUACCAGUAAUCUGUAUAUAAUGACGAGAUGCUUAUGUUUCCGCCAUAACAAUGGGAGUCGUCCCAAGAUGGGAAGGCAGGCGACAAGUUUAGGCCCAAAAUAUGCCCAUAGAAACGCAUUUGACUUAUUUUGGACAGAUUUUGGCGACAGUGAAAUCUCUCGCUUCGUCUCUUCCUCUCUGAUACUAUGCAUGCAUACAAGGACCGGACAUUAUUCAUUAACAUACAACAUUAGCAAGCCUAUCUUCUCACAGUCAAAAGGCUGUAACCUAUUAUUGAACAUGGAACUCCUGUAAUGAAGCAGCUAAUAAAACUUCAUUUUCAAACAUUUGCCCAAAUGCAAUUCGCGGAAAAUGUCCAGUUCUAAACUGCGCACCUAAUGCGAGCAGUUCCAUUUGUUACACGGUAUUGACUAGAUGGGAUACAGUUUGUCAGAAUUGACUUUUCGUAGCAGGUUAGGAUAAUUAACGUAGCAGGUUAGGAUAAUUAGGUUAAGGUUAGGAAAAGGAUUCGGGUUAACUGAAAUGCAAGAAAAAUCUACUUUAUACAUCAAUUUGACAUAAACCGUAUAUCAUCUAGCCAUGAUCGCAAUCCUCCUCCUGAAAAAAAGCUAGUAGUAGCCAGCUAGCUAAUCGCUACAUCUCGGUUUGUGGUUGUGCGUGGUAAUGUGUAGCAUUAUAUCCAUCUUUUCACUAUUAUGGCUGUACGCUGGUUAUGCAGGUAAGAAUGAGGACAUGUAGCUUAUCAUAUAUUCCUUACAGUUUAUUAGCUAUCUAAAUUAUUUAUAAUGUAUUUAUUUAACUAGCACCGUUCAGAUAUCUACAAUGUAGCUAACUAGCCUACAUUUAGCUUGUACCUAAAAGGCAAAACAAAUUUGACGCCACAGUGAUGUUUUCAUUCAUAUGUGUGGAUUUAUUGCACUUUGGCUGACAUUUAUGUUCUCAGAGAGCAAAAUUGCUGUCAAGGAACCGAGUAUGAAAAAUGUAUGCACUCACUAACUGUAAGUCGCUCUGGAUAAGAGCGUCUGCUAAAUGACUAAAAUGUACAGUUCGUACUGGUAGAGCAGACCAGUGCCUGUCAAAGUCCCUUCAGUUACACACGUUGACCACUAGGCAGCACUCUUUCUGUGUCUAUGAGUAGUGAAACUGUCAUGCGCUGUUACAUCAAUGCACAGAGCUGAAUCCUGCACCAGAUCGUUCAUGUACCGGAAUGUUCAUGUCAAAUGGCUAUUCACACCUUACCAGUCAUUCAGCACAAGUGUUUUGGCUAUGGCUGAAAGCAGAGGGCUUUUUCUGUCACUAUGGAGGGAUGGAGGGAGGAGAGGAGCAGUCAGGGUGAAGGGAAAGCGGUCCCUUCUUUCAGGUCAGGGAGACUUACUUGUGAAGAGCUUCAGCUCCACUGCCAGGCUUCUCAGUGUAUCACUAGAGGUAAAGAAGAUGCAGGUACUCCUGCUCUCUCUCGCACUCUCUUUCUCUCUAUAGAUAUUUUGUGUUCUUUGUGCAUUUAACCCUGUUUGUCUGUUUUGAGCUGUAGGUGAACAUUGUGUGUGUGUGAAUCCUGUUUGUUCUAAUUCCCCAGAGCCACCAUGCAGACCGAUGGCCUUAAACAGCUAAAUCAUAGUAUUUGGCCAGAGUAAACAGUCUGGACCAGCUAAAUCAUAGUAUUUGGCCAGAGUAAACAGUCUAGACCAGCUAAAUCAUAGUAUUUGGCCAGAGUAAACAGUCUGGACCAGCUAAAUCAUAGUAUUUGGCCAGAGUAAACAGUCUAGACCAGCUAAAUCAUAGUAUUUGGCCAGAGUAAACAGUCUAGACCAGCUAAAUCAUAGUAUUUGGCCAGAGUAAACAGUGUGGAUCAGCUAAAUCAUAGUAUUUGGCCAGAGUAAACAGUCUGGACCAGCUAAAUCAUAGUAUUUGGCCAGAGUAAACAGUGUGGACCAGCUAAAUCAUAGUAUUUGGCCAGAGUAAACAGUCUAGACCAGCUAAAUCAUAGUAUUUGGCCAGAGUAAACAGUGUGGAUCAGCUAAAUCAUAGUAUUUGGCCAGAGUAAACAGUCUAGACCAGCUAAAUCAUAGUAUUUGGCCAGAGUAAACAGUCUAGACCAGCUAAAUCAUAGUAUUUGGCCAGAGUAAACAGUCUAGACCAGCUAAAUCAUAGUAUUUGGCCAGAGUAAACAGUCUAGACCAGCUAAAUCAUAGUAUUUGGCCAGAGUAAAGAGAAGACAGACUGUUGGAUGCCAUCUAGGGGCUGGUCCUUUAUGAGCACUUGAUUGAUUGGCCUUCCAUAUUUUUCUUUGACUUAGUUUAAUGACACUUGAUUGUCUAAAUUGAAUGACGCUUGAUUUUCUUAGCUGAGUGACAUUUGAUUUUCUUAGUUGAGUGACACUUGAUUUUGUUAGUUGAGUGACAUUGAAUUGACUUAUGUUGUCUUUGUCUGUCCCCCAGAUUCCCAUGAUGCAGUUAUGCGGUUCAACACAGCACCUACAGAGGGCUAUGAGAGGGACGUGGGGAAGAAGACCACCAUCCGCGUCAUUAACUCGCAGGUGUGUGUGUGUGUGUGUGUGUGUGUGUGUGUGUGUGUGUGUGUGUGUGUGUGUGUGUGUGUGUGUGUGUGUGUGUCAGUCCAGUGAUGAAGGAAUUAUUUAUUUUCACAGGGGGUGCAAUAAAAAAAAAUGUUUUUAAGCCCAGUUGAGAUAUUUUUCUGGUUAUCAUUUCUGGCAUUUCUGUAAUAAGAUACACGCAGCUUGUCUUCUGUCAUAACUUGUUGCCCCAGAAGAAUAAAUAAAGCGCUACUCACCAGAAUAAUGUCAUAAAUCAAUAGAAUGAAUGCAUCAAUAAUCUGACAUCAUAAAGUUUUCUUUCAUUUCUGCUUCUCUUGUGCAACGAGGACGUUUAGGGGCCGGGGAGGAAAACAUAAAAAUUAUUCCCGUGCAACAUUUCCAAAUGACAUCAGUUUGACCUCUUUUCAAGAAAUGAAACGCUGCAAAAACGAUCAACCAUGUUUCUGAUGAGAUUUCAGUUCGACUUGGAUGCAUUUAUGCGUUUGAAAUACUGUCCGUUUAAUGUAACAGUGUCAAUUGAUGAAAAAUAUUGAGUUCCUAACCGCGCAUUCGCAUUCUCUCAAGAGAUGGUGAAAGAAAGAAAUCACAUUUCUCCUGUCCUGUUCCCGAGACAAAAUCAACAUUUGGUGUAGUUACCAUUUUACUACAAGAAAUUCAUAAUUAUGCAGGAGUUCAUAUUAUAUUACGCUACAUGUUAGAGGUUAUAAGCCUACAGUCAGUGUCCAGAUUUCAGUUACUGUUCCAUUUAGCCCAUCUAAACGUCAAACCGCCGUGUGUGUGAGUGUGUGUGUGUGUGUGUGAGUGUGUGUGUGUGUGUGUGUAUGUAAGUAAUAAGACCAAGAGGAUCUACAACAGGUCUCACAACACAGCAUGAAUAUGUGCCUGCAAUCAAGUACCAUUUCUGAGGAGUGGUUCAGCAUUUUGAAUGGGCCAUUUCUCAUUCAGAUACACAACAACAUGCGUCCAGACAUAUCAGCCUGAUUUGCACUUGAAUGACAAUGUGAUUCAAUCUAAGCAUGGCCACAGUCACAGGCACAAGUGUGUAAUGAGCGUGUGUAUGUGUGUGAACCAGCUGUCCUCCAGUAAGUGGAGUGAUCACCCUCCUUGAUACCAGAGGCAUUAUGAGUACGGGGGAAAUCACCACAGCUCCAGUUGAGCCAUCUUCUCCCUACUCCCACUCUCAGCACAGAGUACAAUGGAGUAAUCACACACAUACACACACAACACACGCUCACACUCACUGACACACACACUGACACACACUCACACUCACACACACACACACACUCACACUCACACUCACACACACACACUCACACACACACUCACACACACUCACACUCACACACACACACACUCACACACUCACACUCACACACACUCACACACACACACACACACACACUCACACACUCACACUCACACUCACACACACACUCACACACACACACACACACACACUCACUAGUACAUUCUACUACUGUGACACUAAUAAUCCAAGCACCCGCUGAGCACAUUCUACUGUGGACCCACAGCUACCAUGGUUAGAGAGAGAGCGCUAUGGAGAGUGUGUGUUUUCACUUGUUUGGGCACUGCAGUGCUGCAUCUAGUUUCCAGUGUAAACUUUGACCCCUCCCCUUUACAGAUCCUGGCCAAUCCCAAGCACCGCUUCAACACCAGCUCCCUGUAUAAGAACGUGACUCUGGUGGCCUGGGACCCUGCUCCGUACGCUGUCAACCUACACAAGGUGUGUGUGUGAGUGUGUGUGUGUGUUUGAACAAGACACUAUUCUCUACUCUUACCUUGCCCACUCCUCUCUGAGAGGCCCAGUAACGGCAUCUAAAAGGCGAUUAUUUAAAGAGCGUCGCUCAGCAGAGCCCCAAAGUCCUGUUGAAUGGGUGGAGGACAGUAAUGUUAAUGAGGACCUGUAGUUGUGGAAGAGUUAGCCCCGUUUGUCUCUCUAACCCACGGCCUGAAGGGACAGGAUGCUACAUCAUGUAAACUUUCUAUACCCCACACUCCUCCUUUCUCCUCUUCUGCCCUCCAUCCUCUUCCUCCCUUUUACAUAUUUUACGUGUCCUUGAAAUCUCUCCGGUUUCCACUUUAUCACCACCUACAGUUGAAGUCGGAAGUUUACAUACACUUAGGUUGGAGUCAUUAAAACUCGCUUUUCAACCACUCCACAAAUGUCUUGUUAACAAACUGGCAAGUCGGUUAGGACAUCUACUUUGUGCAUGACACAAGUAAUUUUUCUAACAAUUGUUUGCAGAAAGAUUAUUUCACUUAUAAUUCACUGUAUCACAAUUCCAGUGGGUCAGAAGUUUACAUACACUAAGUUGACUGUGCCUUUAAACAGCUUGGAAAAUUCCAGAAAAUUAUGUCAUGGCUUUAGAAGCUUCUGAUAGGCUAAUUGACAUAAUUUGAGUCAAUUGGAGGUGUACCUGUGGAUGUAUUUCAAGGCCUAACUUCAAACUCGGUGCCUCUUUGCUUGACAUCAUGGGAAAAUGAAAAUAAAUCAGCCAAGACCUCAGAAAAAAAUUGUAGACCUCCACAGGUCUGGUUCAUCCUUGGGAGCAAUUUCCAAACGCCUGAAGGUACCACGUUCAUCUGUACAAACAAUAUAUGCAAGUAUAAACACCAUGGGACCACGCAGACAUCAUACCGCUCAGGAAGGAGACGCGUUCUGUCUCCUAGAGAUUAACGUACUUUGGUGCGAAAAGUGCAAAUCAAUAAAAAUCCAGACUACGGUUUGCAACUGCACAUGCGGACAAAGAUCGUACUUUUUGGAGAAAUGUCCUCUGGUCUGAUGAAACAAAAAUAGAACUGUUUGGCCAUAAUGACCAUCGUUAUGUUUGGAGUUAAAACUAGGUUUGUUUGCAAGCCGAAGAACACCAUCCCAACCGUGAAGCACGGGGGUGGCAGCAUCAUGCUGUGGGGGUGCUUUGCUGCAGGAGGGACUGGUGCACUUCACAAAAUAGAUGGCAUCAUGAGGAAGGAAAAUUAUGUGGAUAUAUUGAAGCAACAUCUCAAGACAGUCAGGAAGUUAAAGCUUGGUCGCAAAUGGGUCUUCCAAAUGGACAAUGACCCCAAGCAUACUUCCAAAGUUGUGGCAAAAUGGUGUAAGGACAACAAAGUUGUGGCCAUCACAAAUCCCUGACCACAAUCCUAUAGAAAAUGUAUGGGCAGAACUGAAAAAGCGUGUGCGAGCAAGGAGGCCUACAAACCUGACUCAGUUACACCAGCUCUGUCAGGAGGAAUGGGCCAAAAUUCACCCAACUUAUUGUGGGAAGCUUGUGGAAGGCUACCCGAAACGUUUGACCCAAGUUAAACAAUUUAAAGGCAAUGCUACCAAAUACUAAUUGAGUGUAUGUAAACCUCUGACCCACUGGGAAUGUGAUGAAAAAAAUAAAAUCUGAAAUAAAUCAUUCUCUCUACUAUUAUUCUGACAUUUCACAUUCUUAAAAUAAAGUGGUGAUCCUAACUGACCUAAGACAGAUACUUUUUAUUAGGAUUAAAUGUCAGGAAUUGUGAAAAACUGAGUUUAAAUGUAUUUGGCUAAGUUGAAUGGAAACUUCCGACUUCAGCUGUACAUGUAUGUUGACAGUCAUAAAGCUGCUAGUUUUAGGUUUCCCCCUUCUCUCUCUCUCCCCUCCUUCCCUCUCUCCCUUUCCUCAUUUCCCCCGCUUUCUUUUUCUCUCUCUUCCCCCUCCUCCUGUCACCUCUAUUUAUUCAGAGACUAUCACGUCAGCCACAGGACCAAUCAGCCUCUCUCUCAUCCUCUCUCAUCCUCAUUCUUCAUCUAUCUCCCCCCCUAUCCCUACCGCUCUCUGAGCUGAGGUGUAUGCUCAGUAAUAAGUCCCGAGGAAAAGGACAAGGCUAUGAUGAUCAUUGUGUAUCAGAGAUUAAUAGACUUCAUGAGACUCCUGGGUCCGGCAGGUUAAUCCUCCUGGAAUUGCACUUGGAAAUGUAAUCACCCCCCUACUUCACCCUAUCCUCCUCCUCCUCUCCUCUCUUUUCUAAUAUAUAUUGAAUUAUUUAGUCCUUAGCCCAGGUCUUUUAUGUCAUCACUUCAGGAGACAUUCUGUCCUCUCUCUCUCUCUCUCUCUCUCUCUCUCUCUCUCUCUCUCUCUCUCUCUCUCUCUCUCUGAUUAAUACAUUUUACGAUGGCUUUUAGACUAAAACAGUGUUUAAUUAAACAGGAGCGAACAUAAGUGGAGACUGUUAGCAGGUGUUGCCUGAAUUGUUGCAAAAGAUUGUUGCACAGAUCUACACACACUAUUGUGUGUGUGUUUAGCAGUUUUACCUCAGUAGAGCCCAGACGUCAGGCUGUUAACUUGCUGACCCUGUCUUUCUCCAGCGCUGCGCUGUCUCUCUCCGUCUCUCCGUCUCUGAGAGCUGCCUGCCAUCCAUCACUCAGCACUUCUGACCGUUCAUUAGGAACAACUCUUAAUUUAAUGAACACUUAUCAGCCCAGAAUUUGAUUAAACAUUUAUUCACACCACUAAAGUGGUGUGGUGGCCACUAGAGGUCUUGGUUCGAAUCCAGGCUCUGUCGUAGCCGGCCGCGACCGGGAGACCCAUGGGGCGGCGUCGUCCAGGGUAGGGGAGGGAAUGGCCGGCAGGGAUGUAAGCUCAGUUGGUAGAGCAUGGCAUUUGCAACGCCAGGGUUGUGGGUUCGAUUCCCACGGGGGGCCAGGAUGAAAAAUAUAAAAAGAAUGUAUGCACGCACUAACUGUAAGUCGCUCUGGAUAAGAGCGUCUGCUAAAUGACUAAAAUGUAAAUGGAAAGUCUGCACAACAAUUGUUUUUUCACCCUGCUCAAAUUGGUCUCGCUAGACUCCCAGCCGACAGAAAAUAACAGCUGUAAAAAUGUGUAUCCCUGUGUGUGUGUGUACUUGAUUGCAGGUCUGUUUGCCAGUGUCAAAAUGUUUAUAUAUGCGUCCAGCUCGCUCCGUUCAACGCUUGCUUUGUUAUCAUACCAAUUUGCUAUGGCUGAGGCGUGGAGCUGAUGUGUGGAGCUCCUUGGUAACAGCAGAGAGCUGAAUGGCAGUCCGACAGGUUGCCUGUCUUUCUCCAGAGCCCUCACCCACCCUCCCAGGCAAUUACAUCCUGCACUGGGACUCACUCGACUAUUUAUCCAAUUACACACUAACUUGUUUAACCAGUACCAGGCAUUUAACCUAGAGUGUCAGACCAUAACAAAUACAUGUUCCAUUUUAAAUGGAUUCGGCUGAAUGGCAUGUACAGUGAGGGGAAAAAAGUAUUCGAUCUCCUGCUGAUUUUGUACGUUUGCCCACUGACAAAGAAAUGAUCAGUCUAUAAUUUUAAUGGUAGGUUUAUUUGAACAGUGAGAGACAGAAUAACGACAACAAAAAUCCAGAAAAACGCAUGUCAAAAAUGUUAUAAAUUGAUUUGCAUUUUAAUGAGGGAAAUAAGUAUUUGACCCCUCUGCAAAACAUGACUUAGUACUUCGUGGCAAAACCCUUUUUGGCAAUCACAGAGGUCAGAUGUUUCUUGUAGUUGGCCACCAGGUUUGCACACAUCUCAGGAGGGAUUUUGUCCCAUUCCUCUUUGCAGAUCUUCUCCAAGUCAUUAAGGUUUCGAGCCUGACGUUUGGCAACUCAAACCUUCAGCUCCCUCCACAGAUUUUCUAUGGGAUUAAGGUCUGGAGACUAGCUAGGCCACUCCAGGACCUUAAUGUGCUUCUUCUUGAGCCACUCCUUUGUUGCCUUGGCCGUGUGUUUUGGGUCAUUGUAAUGCUGGAAUACCCAUCCACGACUCAUUUCAAUGCCCUGAUGAGGGAAGGAGGUUCUCACCCAAGAUUUGACGGUACAUGGCCCUGUCCACCGUCCCUUUGAUACGGUGAAGUUGUCCUGUCCCCUUAGCAGAAAAACACCCCCAAAGCAUAUUGUUUCCACCUCCAUGUUUGACGGAGGGGAUGGUGUUCUUGGGGUCAUAGGCAGCAUUCCUCUUCCUCCAAACACGGCGAGUUGAGUUGAUGCCAAAGAGCUCCAUUUUGGUCUCAUCUGACCACAACACUUUCACCCAGUUCUCCUCUGAAUUACAUUUACAUUUUACAUUUUAGCAGACGCUCUUAUCCAGAGCGACUUACAGUUAGUGAAUACAUAUUUUUUUAUACUGGCCCCCCGUGGGAAUCGAACACACAACCCUGGCGUUGCAAACGCCAUGCUCUAUCAACUGAGCUACAUCCCUGCCGGCCAUUCCCUCCCCUACCCUGGACGACGCUGGGCCAAUUGUGCGCCGCCCAUGAGUCUCCCGGUCGCGGCCGGCUGCGACAGAGCCUGGAUUCGAACCAGGAUCUCUAGUGGCACAGUUAGCACUGCGAUGCAGUGCCUUAGACCACUGCGCCACUCAGGAGCCCAUUCAUCUGAAUUAUUCAGAUGUUCAUUGGCAAACUUCAGACGGGCAUGUAUGCUUUCUUGAGCAGGGGGACCUUGCGGGCGCUGCAGGAUUUCAGUCCUUCACGGCGUAGUGUGUUACCAAUUGUUUUCUUGGUGACUAUGGUCCCAGCUGCCUUGAGAUCAUUGACAAGAUCCUCCCGUGUAGUUCUGGGCUGAUUCCUCACCGUUCUCAUGAUCAUUGCAACUCCACGAGGUGAGAUCUUGCAUGGAGCCCCAGGCCGAGGGAGAUUUACAGUUAUUUUGUGUUUCUUCCAUUUGCGAAUAAUCGCACCAACUGUUGUCACCUUCUCACCAAGCUGCUUGGCGAUGGCCUUGUAGCCCAUUCCAGCCUUGUGUAGGUCUACAAUCUUGUCCUUGACAUCCUUGGAGAUCUCUAUGGUCUUGGCCAUGGUGGAGAGUUUGGAAUCUGAUUGAUUGAUUGCUUCUGUGGACAGGUGUCUUUUAUACAGGUAAAAAGCUGAGAUUAGGAGCACUCCCUUUAAGAGUGUGCUCCUAAUCUCAGCUCGUUACCUGUAUAAAAGACACCUGGGAGCCAGAAAUCUUUCUGAUUGAGAGGGGGUCAAAUACUUAUUUCCCUCAUUAAAAUGCAAAUCAAUUUAGAAUAUUUUUGACAUGCAUUUUUCUGGAUUUUUUUGUUGUUAUUUUGUCUCUCACUGUUCAAAUAAACCUACCAUUAAAAUUAUAGACUGAUCAUUUCUUUGUCAGUGGGCAAACGUACAAAAUCAGCAGGGGAUCAAAUACAUUUUUCCCUCACUGUAUAUAUAUAUAUAUAUAUAUAUAUAUAUAUACAGUACCAGUCAAAGGUUUGGACACACCUACUCAUUCAAAUCAAAUCAAAUCAAAUUGUAUUGGUCACAUGCGCCGAAUACAACAGGUGCAGACAUUACAGUGAAAUGCUUACUUACAGCCCUUAACCAACAGUGCAUUUAUUUUUAACAAAAAAAGUAAAAAUAAAACAACAACAAAAAAAGUGUUGAGAAAAAAAGAGCAGAAGUAAAAUAAAAUAACAGUAGGGAGGCUAUAUAUACAGGGGGGUACCGGUGCAGAGUCAAUGUGCGGGGGCACCGGCUAGUUGAGAUAGUUGAAGUAAUAUGUACAUGUGGGUAGAGUUAAAGUGACUAUGCAUAAAUAAUUAACAGAGUAGCAGCAGCGUAAAAAGGAUGGGGUGGGGGGGCAGUGCAAAUAGUCUGGGUAGCCAUGAUUAGCUGUUCAGGAGUCUUAUGGCUUGGGGGUAGAAGCUGUUGAGAAGUCUUUUGGACCUAGACUUGGCACUCCGGUACCGCUUGCCGUGCGGUAGCAGGGAGAACAGUCUAUGACUAGGGUGGCUGGAGUCUUUGACAAUUUUGAGGGCCUUCCUCUGACACCGCCUGGUAUAGAGGUCCUGGAUGGCAGGAAGCUUGGCCCCAGUGAUGUACUGGGCCGUACGCACUACCCUCUGUAGUGCCUUGCGGUCGGAGGCCAAGCAGUUACCAUACCAGGCGGUGAUGCAACCAGUCAGGAUGCUCUCGAUGGUGCAGCUGUAUAAUUUUUUGAGGAUCUGAGGACCCAUGCUAAAUCUUUUCAGUCUCCUGAGGGGGAAUAGGCUUUGUCGUGCCCUCUUCACGACUGUCUUGGUGUGUUUGGACCAUGAUAGUUCGUUGGUGAUGUGGACACCAAGGAACUUGAAGCUCUCAACCUGUUCCACUACAGCCCCGUCGAUGAGAAUGGGGGCGUGCUCAGUCCUCUUUUUUUUCCUGUAGUCCACAAUCAUCUCCUUUGUCUUGGUUACGUUGAGGGAGAGGUUGUUGUCCUGGCACCACACGGCCAGGUCUCUGACCUCCUCCCUAUAGGCUGUCUCAUCGUUGUCGGUGAUCAGGCCUACCACUGUUGUGUCGUCGGCAAACUUAAUGAUGGUGUUGGAGUCGUGCCUGGCCAUGCAGUCAUGGGUGAACAGAGAGUACAGGAGGGGACUGAGCACACACCCCUGAGGGGCCCCCGUGUUGAGGAUCAGUGUGGCAGAUGUGUUGUUACCUACCCUUACCACCUGGGGGGCGGCCCGUCAGGAAGUCCAGGAUCCAGUUGCAGAGGGAGGUGUUUAGUCCCAGGAUCCUUAGCUUAGUGAUGAGCUUAGAGGGCACUAUGGUGUUGAAUGCUGAGCUGUAGUCAAUGAAUAGCAUUCUCACGUAGGUGUUCCUCUUGUCCAGGUGGGAAAGGGCAGUGUGGAGUGCAAUAGAGAUUGCAUCAUCUGUGGAUCUGUUGGGGCGGUAUGCAAAUUGGAGUGGGUCUAGGGUUUCUGGGAUAAUGCUGUUGAUGUGAGCCAUGACCAGCCUUUCAAAGCACUUCAUGGCUACAGACGUCAGUGCUACGGGUCGGUAGUCAUUUAGGCAGGUUAUCUUAGAGUCCUUGGGCACGGGGACUAUGGUGGUCUGCUUGAAACAUGUUGGUAUUACAGACUCAGUCAGGGACAUGUUGAAAAUGUCAGUGAAGACACUUGCCAGUUGGUCAGCACAUGCUCGGAGUAUACGUCCUGGUAAUCCGUCUGGCCCUGCGGCCUUGUGAAUGUUGACCUGCUUAAAAGUCUUACUCACAUCGGCUACGGAGAGCGUGAUCACAUGGUCAUCCGGAACAGCUGGUGCUCUCAUGCAUGCUUCAGUGUUGCUUGCCUCGAAGCGAGCAUAGAAGUGGUUUAGCUCGUCUGGUAGGCUUGUGUCACUGGGCAGCUCGCGGCUGUGCUUCCCUUUGUAGUCUGUAAUAGUUUUCAAGCCCUGCCACAUCCGACGAGCGUCAGAGCCAGUGUAGUACGAGUAGUUCUUGCCAUAAUAUGGACUUGGUCUUUUACCAAAUAGGGCUAUCUUCUGUAUACCACCCCUAACUUGUCACAACACAACUGAUUGGCUCAAACGCAUUAAGAAGGAAAGAAAUUCCACAAAUGAACUUUUAACAAGGCACACCUGUUAAUUGAAAUGCAUUCCAGGUGACUACCUCAUGAAGCUGGUUGAGAGAAUGCCAAGAGUGUGGAAAGCUGUCGUCAAGGCAAAGGGUGGCUAUUUGAAGAAUCUCAAAUAUAAAAUAUAUUUUGAUUUGUUUAACACUUUUUUUGGUUACUACCUGAUUCCAUAUGUGUUAUUUCAUAGUUUAUGAUGUAUUCACUAUUAUUCUACAAUGUAGAAAAUAGUAAAAAUAAAGAAAAGCCCUGGAAUGAGUAGGUAUGUACAAACUUUUGACUGGUACUGUAUAUAGAGAUAUUAUGAAUUCUGCAGUAGCCACAUUACAUUUACAUUUUUGUCAUUUAGCAGACGCUCUUAUCCAGAGCGACUUACAGUUAGUGAGUGCAUACAUUAUUAUUGUUAUUAUUAUUUUUUAUGUAUAUACUGGCCCCCCGUGGGAAUCGAACCCACAACCCUGGCGUUGCAAACGCCAUGCUCUACCAACUGAGCUACAUCCCUGCCGGCCAUUCCCUCCCCUACAUUGAAAGCCACAUUUAAAUAGGUUGUAACACACCUGUUCACCUGCAAAUGACUGCAGAAGGAAAAGUACUGUCUGUCUCUGUAUGUAUGUCUGUCUGUCUCUGUCUCUCUUUCCGUUUCUCUGUCUGUGUCUGUCCAUCUCAUAUUUCUCAGGUAUGCCAGUCUAGUGUAGACUAUAACUAUUAUUCCCCUCUUUUUCUCAAAAAUCCCUCCUUCCUUUCUCUCUCUUUCUCUCUCCCUCUCUCUUUCCCGUCUCUCUCUCUCGCUCUUGAACAGUGGUAUGCCAAUCCAGACUAUAACCUGUUCAGUCCGUACGUGGAGCACCGGAGGCUCCACCCCACCCAGCCCUUCUACGUCCUCCACCCCAAAUAUUUGUGGCAUCUCUGGGAUGUGAUCCAGGGCAACGCCCAGGAGACCAUCCAGCCUAACCCACCCUCCUCUGGGUUCAUAGGUGAGACUAUGUAGACACAUACAUGUGUGUGUGCGUGCUGUGCGCGCACAUACACACGUACAAGUGCACGUGCAUACACACACGCACACACACUCACUCACACACUUGCACAAGUGUUAUAUAAAGCAGGCUCUGUAGUUCUAAUGUUAAUGUCAGAGAGUCAGAGAAUCGGCCAGUCGACCUCUCUAUGUUGUGUAAUAGAGUGCUUGUGCCCAGCGGCUACUUGGCGUCAUGUUAUUGUAUUAUUAUAAAACAGCCCUACAGGACCCGUCCUAUAGCAACACAUAAGUGGUGGUCGGGGGGGGGGGGGGGCAUCCUGUGCAAUUUUGUUUAGGUAUACGGUAGUCGUUUAGUUCAAUUUGUCUCACAAAGAUUUUAUUGUCCCCAGUGGUGGUGUAUUGCAGUGUGAUAUUACAUAUUGUUUUGGUAAUUAGGUCAUUUUGGAUUGCUUAGUAGACCAGUGAAACGGAAAAUCACACAAGAAACACAGAUCCACAACGUCAGACUGAAUUCAGCACUUUCUUUGUACUGGUUGGGAGGCGGGCGGGGGGGGGGGGGGGGCAGAAGACAUGAGUUAAUGAGUUCAAAGCCAAUUCUCCCCAAACAAAAUGCUGGCAGGUCCAGCAAAGUCCCAUCCCCCAUCUGUGAGAUCCAUGUAGUUCCUCAAUAGAAAAGUUCACGAUCACCCACAGCCGCCAGAUCUCCCACAGCCGCCAGAUCUCCCACAGCCGCCAGAUCUCCCACAGCCGCCAGAUCUCCCACAGCCGCCAGAUCUCCCAGAGUCGCUAGAUCUCUCACAGCCGCCAGAUCACCCAUAGCCACCAGUGUACCAGUAUCCUUCAGAUCUCAACGGAUCCGUAUCCUGUAGAAAUUAGUCUUUGUUCUCUUGAUUAACUUGAAUAGUCUUUGUUCUCUUGAUAAACUUGUAUAGUCUUUGUUCUCUUGAUUAACUUGUAUAGUCUUUGUUCUCUUGAUUAACUUGUAUAGUCUUUAUACAAGUUAAUCAAGAGAACAAAGACUAUACAAGUUAAUCAAGAGAACAGUCUUUGUUCUCUUGAUUAACUUGUAUAGUCUUUUGUUCUCUUGAUAAACUUGUAUAGUCUUUGUUCUCUUGAUUAACUAGUAUAGUCUGUUCUCUUGAUAAACUUGUAUAGUAUUUGUUCUCUUGAUUAACUUGAAUAGUCUUUGUUCUCUUGAUGAACUUGUAUAGUUUUUGUUCUCUUGAUAAACCUCUAUAGUAUUUGUUCUCUUGAUUAACUUGAAUAGUCUUUGUUCUCUUGAUAAACUUGUAUAGUGUUUGUUCUCUUGAUAAACUUGUAUAGUGUUUGUUCUCUUGAUAAACUUGUAUAGUCUUUGUUCUCUUGAUUAACUUGUAUAGUCUUUGUUCUCUUGAUUAACUUGUAUAGUCUUUGUUCUCUUGAUUAACUUGUAUAGUCUUUGUUCUCUUGAUUAACUUGUAUAGUCUUUGUUCUCUUGAUUAACUUGUAUAGUCUUUGUUCUCUUGAUUAACUUGUAUAGUCUUUGUAGCCUUUAUCAUCUCUUUACUGGUUAAUAUAAUGUAAUAUAAUAUAAUAUAGCUAAUAUAUCCCAUAGCUUAUUGCACUUUAGUCAGUGACUGCGUCUCAAAUCACACCCUAUUCCCCUUACUUCUUUCCAGAGCCUUAUGUAGUGCACUACUUUGGGGAAUAGGGUGAGAUUUGAGACGCAGCCUCAAACUCUCAUCAGUCUUCACAGUUCGGACAGCACAGAGGCUGGUAGUAGCAUAAGCACUGGCUGUGUAUGUGUGUGGGGGUUGGGGUGAAAUGUGACAGAGAUGCACCUUUUCACUUGGGCAGUGCUGUGUGUUUAGAGAACAAGCACUGGGGUUUGCCAGUGUGUUGAGCGGUGGUAUUUACAUCAAGACAAGCAGACUGUCAAUAGAGCAGAGUGACAUCAAAUGGUACACACACACACACACACACACACAUAAUUCAUACACACAUACACAGAAUUCAUACACACACUUUGUCUUAUGCAUGCAGAACACAUGCUCACUAUUGUACAGCCUCCGUCCCAUCCUCCAUCCUCCAUCCUCCAUCCCCCAUACACUCACUUACUUUCUCUUGCACACACAUGGACAAUUUCACUCCCACAUACACACUCCCACAUGUACAGGUAAACACAGCAGUCAGUAAACAAAUCGAAGGGGUUGGGCACGAGUAGAGGAGAGACCCCCGAGGGGUUUUAUGCAUGGGGCUUGGAGCGUUCACGGUCGUGAUGGUCUAUUGGCGUGCACCGCUCAGCUAGCUAGCUAGCUACUGUAUCAUCAUCAUCCAACAGUCAUCAUUCAGGCUUCCCCGUCGGCCUUCCUGGCGCACCUGCUCAGGAAGUGACCUCUGGAGGGUUGGUGCGCUCAGUGGCCGGGGUGCUGCAGCCAUAGUUGUGGGUACCAGUGGAGAUCUGGGCAGUGCAAGCCACCGUGUUGCUGUAUACACGCCGGUUGAGCUGGAUGACGGUGGUCUUGGAGGGCAUGGAGGAGAGGCCGUUCUCCAUGGAGCGCCGUUCACACCGGAACAGGAUCAGGAAACACCUGUAGAACUGAGGGAGGGAGGAGAUAUUAGUGGCGAGGGAGAGAUUAGAGGGGAAGAAUGGGUAGGGCAGAUAUGGAAGAAGGGGGUGAGGUGAGCAGGACAGAAGGAAGAGGUGGAGGAAAAGGCUGUUGCUACAGCAAUGAGAAGCCAAAACAUCAUUAUCCAUGUUCUCUUUUUGCUAAUUUGGUUGCAUGCACCAACCAGGAUUCAUACAUGGAGAUCGUUUAUUUACAAUUUCUAUGUGCGUAUUGUUACAUGUUACCAUGGUAGCUGAUGAUUCUAUGACCUCUAUCAUGCAAUGUCUCUGGGUUGUAUGAACAGAGUGCUAAUAUGACGCCACUUCCAUUCUUGGUCAAUAACGUUUUAACACUUUAACUGCACUUUGAUUAUUUGGUGGCCUUCUCCCUUUUGGGUCUAUAGCAACAACACACACUAGCAAGAGAGGUCGUGGAACAGUCACCUGCAGAGUGACUUGGUGUAACCCUUGUUCCGUCUGCCUUGAGAGGUUGGACAAAUGAAUCCAUUCCCUGAGUUUACCUGUCACAUUUCUCUCUGAUGUCUCAAAGCUAAACAGGAAGAGAGGUAGACGGAGAGGAAAUGCCCCUCUAAGGACCUCACUGCAUCAGCAGAAUAGCAUCAAAGACAGUACAGUAAGAAGAUAGGCAGAAACUGCUUCCCAGAUCACACUUGUUGGCUAGCUAAGCUCAUGCGCAGAAACACCUCAUUGGGUCCAACGGUCAUGUAGCGCCGAACUCGCAUGUGCAGGCCGUCAAAUCAAAGGCACUCUUUCGCUAUAACGUUGGUUUUGUUGAUAAUUUAAAUGUCAGAUUGUCACUUUCACAAGGUUUGUAGUAAUGACAGUUUUGGCUACUUAAAACAUUGGCUCCAAUCUUUGCAUUUAGAUUUUGAGAAAAUGACCAGUGUGAAAACGGGGGUGAAUUUAGGGCUGUAUAUGUGAGAGAUGGGCACAUGGUUACGAGGGGUAUGCAGACUCUAGUCUCUGUGUUGUAGGUGUGUUUGGGACGUGUCUAUGUCAACACUGUGUCCUGUUCACUGGGUGGUUCAUCAUUUGCCUGGUAUCCAGACUGAAUGUAUGUUCCAUUUCACUAUAGUUAAGUGAAACAAUAGUGCAACAGAGCUUGUAUACCAGGCAACUUCAUAAUCACAUAAUUCAAUGUAUGGAUUGUAGGGCUGACCCCAAUUGGUCGAUUGUUUUGUCGAUAGGCUGUUGGUCGACCAAGAUUUGUUUUAGUCGAUCAGUAGCAAAUAUAUGUGUAUAUAUAUAUAUAUAUAUAUAUAUAUAUAUAUAUAUAUAUAUAUAUAUAUAUAUAUUUUUUUUUUAUAGCACACAACACACCUGACUUAUUCGUGCCCAUUUCAGUGAACAAAUCCAUUGCGGAGGCCGAGACUAAUCCAUUGUGGAGGCCGCGGGGAUGGCACUGUCCAAGAAGAAGGGGAGUGUGGCUAAGAUGUACAAUGCACUUCUCUCUCCAGAAUGCGCUCUCUCCCGCCAAUUUGUCCACAUUCAUUAAUCCAUAAAUGAAUUGUGUGAAUUGUUUGCGUUUGGUUGUUAGUGUCUAUCAAUUCCACAUUACAUAUAUCACCAGUAGUACAUUUACUGUUAAUUCCUAUAAUUUCUAAUCUACAAUGUUUGUUUGGUUAUGGUCAUUUCUGUUAAUACAUUCAAUAUGUUAUUAUUCCAGUAUUUUACUGCUCUCAUUGUCGGAGUGGACACAUUGUUUGCAGAGCGCACAACCUAUGCUACACUUGUGAGAGACAAGUUUUGGUGUAUUUCAUUCCAUUUACAAGUUUUGUCAAUGUUGAGUAAGGACGCACCCCUGAUUACGCAUAGAAGUAGGCCUAUAGUGCCCAUUUGGGGAUCUGAUAGUAUUUCUGAUUGGCUUAACGCACCACCACUAAUGAUCUGUGGAGCUUCUCAAAGUAAUGUUUUCUUCACCUCAAACAGCAAGCAAACAAAGUCUGUUUUUACAUCCAUUGAAAAUGACAGUAGUUCCUCAUUGUAUUUGAAAAAUCUUUCCAGCUCUCUCCCUUUCGAUAACCACUCAGCGUGAAAGGGGAAAAAUGUCAUGCUUAUCCAGUGGAAAUGUCAAAAAAUAGGCCUACCUGAUUCUUAUCCCUUGCGCAAAUAGCCAACAGCUGUGUCUGUCUUGAGCUCACUGGCGCAGGAAACUCUGAGGGCCCAGAAUAUUUUAUACAAUGUUGCAAGUUUGCUAGCACGAGCUUCAGGUCAGACCCAAGUUAAUAGUUGAUACAAUGUUUCAAGUUCGUUGCAGACAGGCCAUGCGUAGCCAAUGUGAUCUUAUAGGAUAUUUAUUUUUAUCAGGAUAUUUUCUACCUGCAGUCUGCAAUGUUUUUAUUUGUUGGCUUUAUAGGCUGUUUUUACAUAGUUGGCAAUGGCGAUAUAAGUUACUUUUUAGGUUUGUAUCAUUUUCAUUUAGAUUUUGAUAGACCUUUGAUUAACCACAUUACAAUGAAUUUGAGAUACGAAGACGACGUUAUAAAUUAAAUGAAAUUGUUCCACGAAAAUGUGCAUUUGAAAACCAUAACUGGCAUGCAAGUCGGUAGAAAUUGUAAGAUAAAUUGCCAUUCCACAUGAGAAAGGUUGCCGACUUCUCGUGUAGACUAUUACCGGCAACUUCGGGAGAGUAACGGCAGAAUCUGCGAAAGCCAGUAGGAGCGGGAGGAGGAUGGUCAGGUUAAGUUUUUUUUCUUCUGCUUAUCUUGAUCUUUGGCUCCCUCUUGAAUCAUUUGUGUCUUAUUUCAUCUAACAGUGUGCUUAAAGCAUCAGACAAGGUAAAUGCAUAUAUAGUUGAUUUUAUUAAAACACAUGCGGUGUGUCUAUGUAUGUAAAAAUGCACGUUUAAAAAUGUCUACCAAUCGAUUGGUCUAAAGAACAGACGACUUUCAGUCGAUCAAAAACUUUUUUUGUCAGGGACAGCCUAAUGGAUUGUGUGUUUUGUGGAACGUGUAACUUGUCUGUGUGUAUGCUAGAAUAUCUAACCCCUCAUGCUCUGCCUUGUUGUUGUAAUUACAGGCAUCCUCCUGAUGAUGGCGCUGUGUGAAGAGGUCCACGUGUACGAGUACAUCCCGUCGCUGCGGCAGACAGACCUGUGCCACUACCACGAGCAGUACUACGACGCCGCAUGCACCCUGGGGGCGUACCACCCGCUGCUCUAUGAGAAGAGUCUGGUGCAGCGCAUCAACACAGGCCCUGAGAGAGACCUGAAGAAGAAGGGCCGCGUCACCCUCCCCGGCUUCAGCACCGUCAACUGUGACCUCUGAACUAGGAACUCAUGAACUCUGACCCUCAGCAGAAGCCAAACAUGGAACCACCACGACUCCACAGGACUAAGGGAAAACAGUGGAGAACCCAAGCCAUAGCCCCUCUGUGUGGGAUGGGAUCAAACUGGAGGGUACAGCUACUUAGAUGUAGCUCUAACUACAUCUGUCAGGAUUUAUCGACAGAACCCACAUGGGUCAAAACCCCGCCUUCCUCAGAGGUUACUUUCUAAAUGUAAUCAACUACAGUUACUAGUUACCUGUCCAA